AUGGAGCUAGAAGUCUUGGAAAUACAUCCUUAUGACCCAAACCACAGGAUGUCAGCCAGCAGGUUACAGUACCACCUGGCAUCAUGUAGAAAGAAAAAUCCAAAGAAAGCUAAAAAGAUGGCUAACUGCAAAUAUAAUGCUUGUCAUGUGGUCCCAAUCAAAAGGCUCAGAGAACAUGAGGCUAACUGUGUCAAUAGAACUGCUAUAGAUGACGGUCAGAAGAACUGA